CGGACCAGGGAUGCAACGCCCCGCAGAACAUCUGUGACGGAGUAAAGUAAAAAACUGUGUUUUCGGGAGCUAAUAUUCUGUCAUCCCCGCGACUUGGACCCGGACUCCACGCUCGGCCACCUGCUCCUCCGCUCCAGGGGACCAUGGACCACCACACGUACGCCAAGAGCGGAUCCAAAAAGUGGACCGCGGAGGAGAAACGCGAGCUGGUGGCGCAACGGAUUGCCGCGGACGAGCUGUUCUCGCGGUAUUCGCCGAAGCACGCGGAGCCAUGGAAGAAAUUCAAGGACAUGGCCAGGAUCGGCGACUUCAGCGAGAUUGCGCUGCGCAAGCAAUGGUUCUCCAUGGUGCAGCGCUACCGCAUCCACAAGGCCAACACGCUGGGCGCCCCGCUGACCAAGCAGAGCGUAGAGGAGCUGAACAAGGAGUGGGAGUUCUUCGGCCCCAUCCACGCCUACAUGAACCAGAAGACCGCCGACCUGCACUCGUACGCGCUCAAGGAGCCGAAUGUGGAUCCGCCCAACAACAAUCUGGCCAUCGCCAGUGUCUACUCCUGCGACGAGUCCCAGCUCUCGCCGCUCAUGCUGGGCGUCCUCAACGACCACAACUUUGGCGAACGCUCGCCGCCCAACGAGGCCGGCGGCGACACCGAUGACAUGGACGAGUCCGCGUCGCCCUGCCAUAGGAGUAACAGCAACAAAGACAGCCACAUCCCCAGCAACAACGACGAACUGGACAGGCUACUGGCCGAGGCCACCAUGCGCAAGGAUGCGGGAGGCGGCGACGGCGAGGAUGAGUCCAUGCUCCAGCUGGGCAGCACCACCUGCCACGAGGUGGAGUGCGGGCCAGUGAUGAUCGGGGGCGAGGUGUCACUAUCCAACAGUCGGUACAACGACUUCGAGGAGGCAGCGAUGCCCGCGACAUCGGUGGUGAAGACCGAACAGCUGGAGCAGCACCAGAGCGAGGCGACCAAGGUGGGCAGGAAACGCCGCCGCAAGGUGCUCAGCGAGAAGGACAAGUAUUACAGGCACCGCCGUCACUACGAGCAGCGGAUGGAGAAGCGUCUGAUGGGUCUGUGCACCGUGGUGGGUCAGCUGCUGAAGCAGUUCGCCCCCCACAUGGAUGUCCAGCCCCUGUUGGCUCUGGGCAGCGACAUCGUCGUCAAUUCGCCGGCACCCAGUAGCAGUGGGGACAGCGAGAACGAGAACGAAGUCGAGGCGGAGGAGCAGGAGGUGGAGGAGCAGGAACUGGGGAUCGCUGCGGAUGGAUUCGGAUCACCCGGAGUUUAGCGGGCAUUCACUUAACCACCACAUGUCCUCAACUAUUAGUUCCUAGUGGAACCGUGUGUGCGUUCAACGAAUCCCAUCUGAAAUGUAUUGCGGACUUGAGAAAGGCGCGCAGACCUUACUAGCGCUGGAUGGAUAGACACGCUAACUGAUUGCGAAAACUGAAUACAUUAAUAACUGAAGGAAUGUAAGCUCUAGAUAAGCAAAAACCAAAUACAAUACGUAUGGAAGUACA